UAACGUCAUUAUUUAAUAGCUCAUCGGUGAUUGGUCCGCCUCUAAGGUUAAACUUAAAAGUCCUGGUUAUUCAUGGCAAUCAGUACUGGGUGAUCAUGGUGACAGGGAAGUUCAUAAACCGAGGUCAGCGGCUAGGCUGUGUGCUUGCGCUUAGUGUUCUAGCCCUAGUUCUCUGGGGCGUCCCUGGGGCCAAGGCUCUGGACAAUGGCUUGGCGAUGACACCUACCAUGGGCUGGCUGCACUGGGAGCGCUUCAUGUGCAACGUUGACUGCAAGCAAGAGCCGAAUUCCUGCGUCAGUGAGCAGCUCUUCAUGCAGAUGGCCGAUCUCAUGGUAUCAGAUGGCUGGAAGGAUGCAGGUUACCAGUACCUCUGCAUUGAUGACUGUUGGAUGGCUCCCACACGAGAUUCAAAAGGCAAACUUCAGGCAGAUCCUGAGCGCUUCCCUGGUGGGAUUCACCGCCUAGCUAAUUAUGUUCAUAGCAAAGGACUGAAGCUCGGGAUCUAUGCAGAUGUAGGACAGAAAACCUGUGCAGGCUACCCCGGGAGUUUUGGAUACUAUGACAUUGAUGCUAAGACCUUUGCUGACUGGGAAGUAGAUCUGCUAAAAUUUGAUGGUUGUUUCUGUGACAGUGUGGACCAUUUGGCAGAUGGUUAUAAGAACAUGUCCUUGGCCCUAAACAGGACUGGCAGAAGCAUUGUGUACUCCUGUGAGUGGCCCCUUUAUAUGUGGCCCUUUUAUAAGCCCAAUUACACAGAAAUCCGACAGUACUGCAAUCACUGGAGAAAUUUUGGUGAUAUCUUUGAUUCCUGGCAAAGUAUAAAGGGUAUUUUGGACUGGACAUCAUAUAACCAGGACACGAUUGUUGAUGUUGCUGGACCAGGGGGUUGGAAUGACCCAGAUAUGUUAGUGAUUGGCAACUUUGGCCUCAGCUGGGAUCAGCAGGUAACUCAGAUGGCCCUCUGGGCUAUCAUGGCAGCUCCCUUACUCAUGUCUAAUGACCUCCGACACAUCAGCCCUCAAGCCAAAGCUCUACUUCAGGAUAAGGAUGUAAUUGCCAUCAACCAGGACCUCUUGGGCAAGCAGGGGUACCUGCUUAGAAAGGAAGACAAAUUUGAGGUGUGGGAACGACCUCUCUCAAACUUAGCCUGGGCUGUGGCUAUAAGAAGUCUGCUGGAGAUAGGUGGACCUCUUUCUCAUACCAUUUCAGUUGCUUCCCUGGGUCGAGCAGUGGCCUGUAAUCCUGCCUGCCUCAUCACACAGCUCCUCCCUGUCAAAAAAGAGCUUGGGCUCUUUGAAUGGACUUCAGUGUUAAAAACACGAAUAAAUCCCACAGGCACUGUUUUGCUUCAGAUAAAAAGACCAAGCUGAAGCCGGACUGCAAUACCAAAAUGCUUUCUUUAAAUUGCAUAGAAUGUGUAUGUUGCUGCUGAAAUGACUCUAUCCCGCCUCUUCCUGUUCACCUUUCUUUCAUUCCUACUUAUUGAAUAAAGUCUUUCAAAGUUGUUCUUUUAAUAAAACUACUUCUAAAGGUGUCUAUUGGGUACCUAAAAUGUGCUAGGCACUGUUCUAGAUGCUUACUUAACACAUAUUAACUCAUUUUAAUCCUCACAACCCUGAGGCAGGUAUUCAUUAUAUAGAGCCAGGAUUGGAAUCCAGACUCUACCAUCACCCUGCUGCCUACUGACUCCAGCGAACCCCUGCUGAGGAUUUGUUAUUUCCACCCCAGAUACACUGACUCAGAAUCUAGUUUAACAAGAUCCCCAGGUGAUUUUUAUGCAUAAGUUUUAAGAACCACUUCUCUACUAAUGGUUCUCAGAAUUGGUCCAUAAACAGCAGUAUUAGCAUCAUCUGGGAACUUGUUAGAAAUGCAGAUUCUCAGCAGGGGCUCGAACCAGACUGAAGCCGGGCUACUGAGGUAGGUAGGUUAUUUGGGUGGCUCUGCUUACAACUUUAGGUGAGAAGGGAGACAAAAAAAACUUUACUUCAAUUAAAGGACAGGAAAAAAAAAAAACACC